AAUAGAAAGAAAAACAUUUGGGAAUCGAAUUUUUGGUUAGACUGUGCAAAUUGCAAAACGCCAUAGCCAAAAUCUUACUCCAACAAUGAUGCAGAGAUUAAUCCCAAAACUCCGUCAUCUCGCCGUUCAAUCACGUCAAACGUUACAACCUCUUCCGUCAUCUCGCCGUUUCCUCCAUCACUCUCUGCCGCAACCACUUCACUCCGCUUCAACUACCUUCACUUCUCGUUCUCUCUUCAAUCUCUCUUCCUUCCCUUUCCACGCAUCUCGUUCUUCCCAAUUUUCUCCCUCCUUGAUUCAAAUUCGGCAUGUAUCGGCGAGGGAUAGGUCGAGUAAAAGAAAGCCAGUGACUCCUGUCAAGUCCAAAGUCAAGAAAACCAAAAUUAAAUCUUAUUCGUCUUACAAGUCCAGGUUCAGAUUAAUGAGUGAUGGGAGCUUUAGGCGAUGGAGGGAGGGCAAACGUCACAAUGCUCAUUUGAAGUCAAAGAUAGCAAAACGUAGAUUGAGACAACCUGCUCUUGUCCCUGUGGCUUACGCCAAAGUAAUGAAGAAACUCGGUUUUUGUGGUUAGAUUAUUGUAAGUUGCUGCCAGUUACAGAAAGUGGAUUGGUCAGGUUUUUACUUUUAACUAUAAUCAUUUCUCAACAUUCACAUUUUAGAGUCUGCAGCACGAGCAAAUUACAGGACAAUUUCUUUCUUAUCUGUCUGUGUGGAAGAGUUAGGUGAUAAUAUUUUGAGGUCAUGCCUAUUCAAAGUGGCAUUCUUUAGUGGAAAAUGUAUGCAAUAUUGUUAACAUGCAGUGGCUGAUUAAUCCUUUUUGUAGUGCAUUUGAUUUUUCGAUUAGCAGUUUGAUGAAGAUUGGAAUCAUUAUUUGCUGCACUUUUAGUAAUAAUAAUGAUUUAAUUUAA